AGUGCGCGUUCACGAUCCUCAGCUCUACAGCAGGCAGCAGUCGAGAGCGCGCUCGAAUACCGGCUUCAGCCGGUAUAAAUUCUGCCAAGCUUCAGUGAGAGGAAACAGAGGCAGAGACCGGCCAGAUAAUACUUGAUCUAGCAUAAUAUCAGUAUUUAUUAAGUUGUUAAUGUAGUCGAACAUAAACUAGGCGACUAUAUAUAUCUGCAGGGGCUUUUUCUCUUGGUUGUAAGUGACUCUCGCGCUCCACAGAAGAGACUGCGGAUGCUCAGGGCAGAAACCAUGUCCUCUGGUUUAACACUUUAACAAAGAAGCCAGCUAGAGCCGUUGGUUUUUGUGUUCAUUCAAUAUUCCGAGUUUCCCCAGUUUCUUCAACGUCUCGAAACAUCAGUGUCCAUCAUGACAGGAUUGAUGUCAGGCCUGAAGGGCUGCAUCAGCCCUAGUGUGUACGCUGAGGUGCCAGAUGGAGGCUGGGGCUGGAUGGUGGCUGCCGCCUUCUUCUUCGUGGAGGUUUUCACUUAUGGCAUCAUCAAGAUUUUUGGGAUUUUCCUCCAGGACCUCAUGACAGACUUUAAUGAAACCAACAGCAGAGUGUCUUGGGUCAUCUCCAUCUGUGUCUUUGUCAUGGCCUUCACAGCUCCUCUUUCCACGGUGAUGAGUAACCGCUUUGGCUACCGGCCUGUCGUCAUGCUCGGUGGACUCCUGAUUAGCCUGGGCACAAUCACAACGGCCUUCACCAAAUCCAUCACUGAGAUGUACAUCACCAUGGGAGUCGUUGCAGGCCUGGGUUACUGCCUUACCUUCCUGCCUACAGUCACCAUCCUGUCGCAGUACUUCAGCAAGCGCCGCUCCCUCGUCACAUCCAUAGCCUCAACUGGAGAAUGCUUCUCCCUUCUAGCCCUCGCACCAGCUCUGAACGUGCUGAAGGAGCAGAUUGGUUGGCGUUACUGCUUGAUCGUGAUUGGGGUUAUGCAGGCCUCAAUCAUUGUCUGUGGGGCUUUGCUGAAGCCAAUAGUCAUUAAACCCAAACCUGCCACGCCAGAGGGUUCCCCCCUUAAAGAACCUGAAUCCAAAUAUGACCUGGAGAAUGAAUUCACACAUACCUCUAUUGGCUCUGUGGACUCAGGGGUCCAGUCUGUCACCUCCUCCCAGAUCAACCUGUCCGAGGGCCAGGAAUCUACAGAGCAGGACUCUGCAGAGAAAAAAACACUUAGGAAAAAAGAAGAAGGAGAAAACAUUGAAGACGAGCUACCAGUGCUACCUGAGACCUCAGGGGUCUCUAGGCCCAAGCUGUUGGACUUCUCGGUGCUCAGGGACGCCAGCUUCAACUGCUACGCACUGUUUGGCCUCUUCGCCACACUGGGCUUCUUCGCGCCACAGCUCUACAUCAUUGAGCUGAGCGUGAGCCGUGGCGUGUCACGUGACAGCGCCACCUACAUGCUCUCGGCCAUGGCCGUGGCUGAGAUUCUAGGUCGUCUGUCCAUGGGUUGGGUCCUCAAUCGCAGGCCCAUUCGCAAGAUCUACAUUCUGCUGAUUUGCACGGUGCUGCUGUGCCCGGUGCUGGUGGUCUUCACCUUUGUCACCGAGUUCUGGGGGCUCAUGUCCUGCUCCUGUUUCUAUGGCUUCCUGCUGGGCACCGUGGCCUCCAGCCACAUCCCCAUGCUGGCUGAAGAUGACGUGAUUGGUAUUCAGAGGAUGUCAUCGGCUGUUGGCGUCUACGUCUGCAUCCAGAGCUUUGCGGGACUGGCCGGUCCACCUCUAGGAGGUUUUCUUGUAGACAAGACUAACAAUUACGGCUCAGCCUUUUACUCCUGUGCGGCUGGGAUGGGAGUAGGGGCUCUGUUUCUUGGACUGGUACGUCCAGCCAAAUCCGGCCUCUGCCUUGGGAGGAGGAGGAGGAGGAAUGACCAGCAAACACCAGACAGAGACUCUACCUCACAGGGAAGUGAUGAUGGCACUGCUGACUUUGUAGAAAUGGACAUGGAGAAUGACAACAGUCCUGUAAAGUCCAAACCUUGGCCAGUAUGAAUACCGCCUCACCUCAAGAGUAAACAUACUCUUUAUCCUCCACUUGAAUGACCAUCCCAAAGGUUGCAAUACACAAAUCCUGAUCCAACAGGGUAAAACAGUCACAAAUCAAAUGUUAUGUCAAUUAAAGGAGAGUUUAAUCACUCUUCAUUGCACUUCUGCUGAACACCCAAUCAUAACCCCCAAAUCAAGUUUACAUAUUUGGUGUUACUCGUUAUUAUAUAUUGAAACAGGAAAGCUCCUUUCCAGUCAUGCUGUGGAAGUACGCAUACUACAGUCUCCACACACUUUUAGAGAGGCAAGAAUUAAACCUAUUAAGUGUUCAAUUCUUUAACUCUCAUUUACCAAAGUCUGCUAAGUGUGAAGCUCACUAUUUAUUUCAUCAUUAUUUCAACCAUAAAUCAUCAUAACGCUCAGUUCUCAGCUUUAACGUCUUAAAAAAAGAAACCUCAGGCUGUUUUGCUGCUUAAAGUGAGGCCAUGAUGCGUAUUUAUAUUGCAUUAGGUUGCAUAAACCUCAUUCAGAGUUAAAGGUGAGAAAAAGCUGUCUAGUGUUUCAGGGUUGCACGUCAUUUGCUUGCUUGGGUCUCUUGUUCAAUGUUUUGACUAGUGUUGCUAUUGCAAUGAUGGCAACAUCUCUUUGCUUUGAAACAGAGGGGUAACAUAGCUUUGAUGAUGAUAAUGCAUGAUUUGCACCAUUUAUUCUCAAACAUUCACUAUUAAAGAUGAUGCAGAUUGUGACGUAACCUGCUUCAGAGGCAAGUCUUCCAUCAAGAGUAACUCAUCAUCAGUCAGAACAUUUUGAAUGAGGGAUGAAUGUCAAAGGCUUCUGUCCUCUGAAUUCCUGCUCAGAGAUAUAGGCUAGCUAGAAACACAUUCAAGAGUUUCUAAUAAGAAGUUACGGCUAUAGAAUGUUAUGUUACUGCUGUAAUUUGGAGUGCGCCGUCUGUGCCUUGUCAUAGAAUUCUGAGGAAUCAAGAGCUUGUGAAUUGAAACGGGAAACUAAGGCCCCGUUUACUCUAGUGCGUUUUCGUUUUAAAACGCAUACGUUUUGCUACGGUUACGCCUGUCGUUUACACUACGCUGGCCGUUUCGAACCUCAAAAAUGGAGACUUUCGAAAACGCUGCAGACUCCGUUUUAGUUUGAAAACGCCGGGGUUGCAUUUCAGUAUAAACGGACCAAAAUGGAGACUUUUGAAAACGAUGGCGUGACUGCCCACGUUCGUUCUGCGUAUCCUUGACGACCGUGUAAACAAUAACAUGGAGACUGAACUGCAAUCUUUGCUGGCUUUGUUGUCAUUUUUAGCAGCCAUUGUGCAAUUAAACUAAGCAUAUUUUUAAUACUGCAGCUGCCUACAUGCGCAAGAGUCAACUGUUUUACACUUGUACGCGUAUACCCAGUGUGCGUGAACGGUCAUGUGACAUGCGUUUUCAGCCUUGUAAAGUAGACGGAGAUAGUUUCUGAAACACUGUGGAAAUGCCAGUGUAGAGGAACGUUUUCAUUUUUGAAAGCGCCGUUUUAAAACAAAAACGCACCAGUGUAAAUGGGGCCUAAAGGGGCAGUUCACAUAGAACGCAUUCUUGUGUUUAAAAGCAUUAGAUUCAGUAUCUCUCGAGAUGCGUUUUUAAAAAGUUACGCUGAAAACGCCACAGGAGGCGGUGCAACAGUCAAAGAUGUCAGUCUAGCGCAUGUUUAUGUAGAAAAACAACUUCCCCUCUCUUUAGUUGCAACAUCUUUUCUCUGAUGACCUGUUCACUGGCACAAGAGUGGGACAACAUGUCAUUUACAUGGCAUCACUCAACGAUCCAAUCAAUUCCCGAUGGACAAAAUUAAGUCCUGCCCUACAUUGUUACUUGUUCGAGAAGUCGCUUUACUUGGAUACACGUCACAAUAUUAAAGAAAACACCUUCACAACUUCUGUUUUAUGCCGACUUUAAAAGCGGCAUAGUGGAAGGCAAAAGAAAAAGAUGUGGCACGGAGAGGAGGAAUGAAAAAGAACGCAGUCUUGAGACGUGUAAACGGAUGAAACUAAUGCGACACAAAAAAAACGUCUGUAAAAAGUAUCGCAGUGGAGUGUGAUCUGUGAGAACCGGCCUCAAGAAAUGAGCUGAAAACACAAAACACUGGAUGAGUAUCAUGACUAUAGUAUUUUUUUAAUGUGUAAUUCACUACAUGAAUGGCAAAAGGAUGGAUAAUAUUUGAGAGGCUACUCACUGUAGAGCCAUAACCUCCAGUUCCCCCUCUCUUGACCUACAUGAUGGGUGGAGCUGCAUCCUCCAAACACAUCCUAACCCUAACCCCCUCUCUCCAACCAUUAAACAGGUUAAGCUCCACCCUUGAGCUCCAGAGAGGUGAAGCUGGAGGUCAUUAUGCUCUGCAGCGAGCACAACUUGUAAUAUUUUGAUGGAGAAAAAGAAGAAUUAAAUGUAUUCCAUCAUAUGAGAUGAGUCUGUAGGUAAAUUCCAUUAAAUGCACUUAUCUAAUGGCUUGAACUCUUAUGUACCUCUUAUGUUCUGUAAACUCUCUUUUAAUUUGUCAUACAUGUAUUUAAAUACUGUUUAUUUGUUUUUUUGUACUUUUGAUGAGAAAACACGUUUUGUGCAUCUUUUUUUCUUUGAUUUGUUAAAAUCUUUUUUUUAAAUGUAAUGCAGACUUCUGCCUGUGAGAUGCUGCACUUCUGAAUAUUGCAAUGACAGUUUGUUUAAUUUAUAAUAAAGACAAUGAUUUUUACAA